AUGGCGAGCGGGGGCAUCAAGACGAUGGCCUCGGGCCUCCUCUUCCUGAACCUCAUCAUGUACGUCGUCGUCGCCGUCAUCGCCGGCUGGGCCGUCAACUACAGCAUCGAGGACAGUGCCCACUCACUGAGGGGCGCGUCGCCGCCGGUGCGGCUGUUCCCGGUCUACUUCCCGAUGGGCAACCUGGCGACGGGGUUCUUCGUCAUCUUCGCGCUCCUGGCCGGCGCGGUCGGCAUCUCCACCUCGCUCACCGGCCUGCGCGACGUCACCGAGGGCUACCCCGCCAGCAUGAUGUCCGCCGCCGCCUCCGCCCUCGUCACCUGGACCCUCACCCUCCUCGCCAUGGGACUCGCGUGCAAGGAGAUCAGCAUCGGCCUGAGGCCCCCCAGCCUGCGCGCGCUGGAGACGUUCACGAUCAUCCUGGCCGGAACGCAGCUGCUCUGCGUCGGGUCGCUGCACGCCGGGGCGAACGCGGCCAUCGUGCAGACGCCCAUGGGAGUCAGAGCACGGGUCUGA